CUCAAUAGUCAAGAUGCAUUUCAAACUUGCAGCUAUCCUCUCCCUCGCACCUCUCGCCUUUGCAGGCAUCUCCAACGCCAGAAUACUCAACAACAUGGACAACACCAACAUUGUCAUGACUGAGCCCAACAGCAUGAAAACCAACGGGAUGGAAACCAUGAAGCGUCCUUUUAUGAUGCGUCCAGCCACGAAUGAGACUAUUGCAAUUGGGCACGCCAUCGUCGCGAACCUCUGCGAGCAGCCAAUCUACCUCUGGUCUGUCGGCCAAGACAUAAGUCCACAGUACAUGAUCAAUCCGGGCGAGGAAUAUGUUGAGGAAUUUCGCCGCGACCCGCAGACCGGAGGAAUCGCGAUCAAGAUUACCACCGUCAAAGACGGCCUGUACACCAGCGCCCCGCAGACUGUGUUUGCGUAUAAUCUUGUCGAGGACCUGGUUUGGUAUGACCUUUCUGACGUCUUUGGUGACCCCUUCCAGGGGCAGAUUGUGAGCAUCGAGCCUUCGGAGCCAGAAAUCCAUUGGGAGAACGGAGUGCCGCCGAGUGGGAGUCAGGUGCGCAUGUUGGAGGCCUCGACUGAUUUAGUGUUGAGUAUUUGCUAAAGCGAUGACGUUGCUCAAGCCACUGUAUGGAUUUCGGGGGUUAUGAGUUGCCUGAGUGAAAAGCCGAUAAUUAAGGAACGGUGGCGUGCCUGGGUAGCAGUAAUAACGGUUAGGUAGUUGAG